CAGAAAGAAUCGCGUCCGUACACUUUGAGUCUCUUUUGAAAUUACAGACGUACAAUCAAAUAACCUUUCCACCUUCUGAUAAGAUUAAGCCACGAACCCACAAAUUUCGACCAUUCUAGUAAACUCCAUUUCUAGAACAACAACACUAGUGAUACAAAUAAGAUACCGACGUCUUUUUUCGCCAACAAAUUUAUCGAUAAAAAGUUCUCCGAAAAAUGGGAGAUAAAGCAAAUGAUGAGUACUUCUUGGAGUAUAAUGAAGAUGACGAAGUUCAAUACGACGAUAUCGAAAAUAAUGAUAGUGACGAUGGUAGCGAUGACGAUGCAAGUCGUAACUCUACGCGUUCUUCAUCGCAUUUCUCCUCUCGUCAAUGGCCGCAGAGUUACAAGCAGACAAUUGAUUCAUAUUCAAUCACAGCAACACCAAAUUUCGGACUCCUUAGAUCUCCUUCUACCACUAUAUAUUCAUCAUUAUAUGAUAUUGGUAUCGAAAGUAACUUUGAUGCUGAAGCAAAAGCUCGGUUGUUAUCCGAAUGUGAAAAACUUUAUAGCAAAGAGGAUCUUGAAAAGAUCACAAGGAAGAUAUCAACAUGGUCAGGAAAGGGUUCUUUACACGAGCAACUUGGAGAACUUCCCAUUAGCCAUGGAUGCAGUGUUACUCAGACUGUAUUCAAUGCGGUGAAUGUUAUGGUUGGAGUUGGGCUUCUUUCUACACCAUAUACAAUUGCACAAGCUGGUUGGGCAGGAUUGGGAAUGCUAGUUGUGUUUGGUGUUAUAUGUUGCUACACUGCUUCACUCAUGAGGCAUUGCUUUGAGAGUAAAGAAGGGAUUCUUAGUUAUCCGGAUAUUGGAGAAGCUGCAUUUGGAAAAUAUGGGCGCCUCAUCAUAUCUAUCAUCUUGUACACCGAGCUUUAUUCAUAUUGUGUGGAAUUCAUUAUAUUAGAAGGAGACAAUCUUAAUAGUCUGUUCCCUGGAGUGUCCUUAAAUUUGGGUGGUUUUACUCUCGACUCCAUGCACUUGUUUGCAAUUGUCACUGCUGUCAUUCUUAUACCUACUGUCUUAUUGAAGAAUGUCCGAGUAAUUUCAUAUCUAUCAGCUACUGGGGUAUUGGCUACAGUUGUGGUUAUCUUUUGUGUGUUUUACCUGGGGACAGUGAAUGUUGGGUUUCAUGAAAGUGGGCCCGCAGUUAAGUGGAAUGGUGUUCCGUUUGCUUUGGGCAUUUAUGUCUUUUGCUAUUCUGGACAUUCUGUGUUCCCAAAUAUAUACCAGUCAAUGUCUGAUAAGACCAAGUUUAGCAAGGCCAUGGUAAUAGGUUUUUCAUUGAGUGGGGUUAUGUAUGGGGCUGUUGCAAUAAUGGGGUUUCUCAUGUUUGGUGAAAGUACCUUGUCUCAAAUAACAUUGAACAUGCCAGAUAAUGUGAUUGUUUCAAAACUUGCUUUGUGGAUAGUGGUCAUCAACCCAUUCACCAAAUAUGCUUUGCUUAUGAAUCCAUUGGCUAGUGCCAUAGAAGAGCUGUUACCUGCAAGAGUCUCGAGUAGCACUUGGUGUUAUGUUCUUCUCAGAACAGCACUAGUCCUCUCUACUGUCUGUGUUGCAGUUCUCAUUCCUUUCUUUGGUGCUGUGAUGGCAUUGAUGGGAUCACUCCUAUGUGUAAUGGUGGCAAUUGUAAUGCCAGCUUUGUUGUUUCUGAAAAUUCAAGGAAAUAAGGCAACAACUACACAGAUUGCUUUGAGUAUUUCCAUUAUUGUGGUCCAUUCUCUCUCGCUCACGAUCACGAUCACGAUCACGAUCAAUCAACUUUCGCAAUUCUUGAUAGGCUUUGAGUUAAGAUGGCAGAUGGAGAGGAUAUUCAGCCACUUGUCUGCGACAAUGGAACUGGAAUGGUUAAGGUAUCAGUUUGAAUGUGGUAUUGCUGGAUUCGCUGGAGAUGAUGCACCAAGAGCUGUUUUCCCUAGCAUUGUUGGACGCCCACGUCACACUGGAGUGAUGGUUGGUAUGGGACAAAAGGACGCAUACGUAGGUGACGAGGCUCAAUCGAAAAGGGGUAUUUUAACUCUAAAAUACCCAAUCGAACACGGUAUUGUCAACAACUGGGAUGACAUGGAGAAAAUCUGGCAUCACACUUUCUACAACGAACUCCGUGUGGCCCCCGAGGAACAUCCGGUUCUUCUCACGGAAGCACCUCUCAACCCAAAAGCCAAUCGUGAAAAAAUGACCCAAAUCAUGUUUGAAACCUUCAAUGCCCCUGCUAUGUAUGUUGCAAUUCAGGCUGUCCUUUCACUUUAUGCCAGUGGUCGUACCACAGGUAUUGUUCUGGAUUCUGGAGAUGGUGUGAGUCAUACUGUGCCGAUUUAUGAAGGAUAUGCACUCCCGCAUGCUAUAUUGCGUUUGGAUCUUGCUGGGCGUGAUCUGACGGAUGCACUGAUGAAGAUUCUGACUGAGAGAGGUUAUUCCUUCACCACUAGUGCUGAGAGAGAAAUUGUGAGGGACAUGAAAGAGAAGUUGGCGUAUAUUGCGCUUGAUUUUGAGCAGGAACUGGAAACAUCCAAGACUAGCUCUGCUGUGGAGAAGAGCUUUGAGCUGCCCGACGGGCAGGUGAUUACCAUUGGUGCUGAGCGUUUCAGGUGCCCGGAGGUUCUGUUCCAACCAUCCAUGAUCGGAAUGGAAGCUGCUGGGAUCCAUGAGACCACUUAUAAUUCUAUCAUGAAGUGUGAUGUGGAUAUUAGGAAGGAUUUGUAUGGUAACAUUGUUCUCAGUGGUGGAACCACUAUGUUCCCUGGUAUUGCUGAUAGAAUGAGCAAGGAAAUUACUGCUUUAGCCCCCAGCAGCAUGAAGAUCAAAGUCGUCGCCCCACCUGAAAGGAAGUACAGUGUCUGGAUUGGUGGCUCCAUCUUGGCUUCUCUUAGCACCUUCCAGCAGAUGUGGAUUGCUAAGGCUGAAUACGAUGAGUCGGGCCCAUCCAUUGUGCACAGGAAAUGUUUCUAAACAUGAGGAGGAGGAGGAUUGAUGACACAGGAAAAUAAUAAUAAAAGGUGGUACUACUGAAUUGAGUACUCUGUCUGUUUAGUGAGAGGAAAAUGCUGCUGUCCAUUUCUUCUUACAUAUUGUUCUA